UGGUUAAUGAUAAUUGGACAAUUAUCCAAAAUGAUCCUGGACCUGAUUUUUGGUGGUCGUGUACCUGUGUUCAAAUCCGACUGAAAAUUUUAAACAUUUUUAACUCACAUUUUUUUUAUUUUUUUUAGUUUUAUAUGGUAAUUCAAUAAAUAUCAUAAGAUUUUAGGUACUACAUUAGAAUUAGUCAGGUUUAGAUUAAAUAUCUUAAGAAAUCAUUAAAUCAUCAUAAUGCCACCAGUUCAACAAUAUCAAUAUGCUCAACAUCAACCGUCAAAUUUUGAAAAAUUUAAGAUGGGAGCCAUUAUGGGAUCAACCGUCGGAGUGUGCGUGGGUGUAUUAUUUGGUGGAUUCUCCAUCUUACAAAAUGGUGCUGGACCAAAUGGAGUUAUGAGAACUUUAGGUCAAUAUAUAUUAGGUUCAGUUGGUACAUUUGGAUUAUUUAUGUCCAUAGGUUCAGUCAUUAGAUCAGAUACAACUUAUCAAGCAUAUGAAAGAUCAAUGAUUGCAUCACAAAGAGCUCAAAUAAGCAAGAUUUAUGAUAGACAAAAUUGAAUGAGAAAGUUAUAGUUAUAGUUAUAGUUAUAGUAAUAGUUUUACUUUUACUUUUACUUUUACUUGUACUUGUACUUUAAUCAUUUAUUAAAUCACUGCUAAGGUAUAUUUAUUACCUUUGAACUGAAAUGCCCUCCCAUUCAUAAUGUUGUCUGA